GGUGUCUCUCCUUUCCUUUCCUCAGCAUCUCUCAUCUAAGAGAUGGCGUGCAUUGGUGCCACCAUGGCAUCCGGGACUUAACGUGCGCUGAUAAGACCUCUAAUUCCAGCAUUUGCGGAAUAUUCCCCCAACGCUUUUGCUUUUCUUUUCAUCCCCUGCUGUCUUGCACAGCUGCGGCCGUCUACCCCCACCUCCCCUCUCAUCCCUGUAUACGGGAGUUGGGCCUCUGGGGAAGGAGGGAGUCAACCUCCGUGCACAAUUAGCCAUGCCCUACCCAGGCAUCCUUUGACCAGCUGGAAUCAUUUCCACCUCUGUCCAUCUACACACCAGAGGCAGUCUAGGAUGAAAAGCUGGAACCAUGAUGCAAGGACUGAAAAAACGAACCAGGAAAGCCUUGGGCUUACGGAAAAAAGACAAGGAUGCAGAGACGACGAGCUCACCUGACAAAGAAGGAACUGGAACUGGAAAGAAAGGAAAUAAAAAGGCAAAUGGAGCACCCAAUGGUUUCUAUGGAGAGUUUGACUGGGACAGAUAUGCAUCUCCUGAUGUGGACGAGGAGGGAUUUAGCAAACGUCCUGGUGAUGAAGGUGAUGCAGCUUGCACAGGAAAGCAGUUUUUCUCCUCCAGCGAUUCCGAGGAUGAGGAAGAGAGCAAGAAAAAGUUCAAAAUCAAAAUCAAACCACUUGUUGCUGAGAGUGCCAAGUGUGUCCCUCCAUCUGUGGAUGAACUAAAAGCCUCAGUGGGAGGUUUGGCGCUCUCUCCAUCUCUGAAGAGAAGUCCGAGACGCAGCCCGGGACAGAUAAAGAGGCACCUAUCAUGUGAAGAGAUUGCUCGACCGAGACGCUCUACACCAACGCCAAGUGCUGCUCCUGACAUCCCGAGUGACAGACUACCACAGACCAUCCCUGCCUUCUUUGGCAUACCCUCAGAGACCCAUUAUCCAAGAUAUGAUGUGGUUCCGGUCAAUGUGUGGGGAAGAGCAAGGCCAAGUUCGGACUCGCCUCUGAGCAGAAGUUUUCCAACAGGAGCUCCUCCUCCACUCCCUCCCAAAAACAUAACGAGAAGUCAAGGUUAUCCUUCACAUUCUGCUGUCGAUUUACCCAACGGAAGAGCAACUCGCAGUUCUGCCCCCAUCUACCUGAACGUCCUCUCUCCCUCCCCGGCCCCUGACCUGGACGAUGUGUUCGGCCCUGUGGGUAGCCCGCGCACCUCAGAGGACGGCACGUCUGCCAGAUGGGUUACGUUCACAAAUGAAAGACCUCCGCCACCGGAUGAGCCGGCGCCACCCCCUCCGCCGGACUCUCCUGCCCCAGACACACCCUCAUCAACACCCUCGACCCCAUGCCUCUCACCUGGACCGCCACCUAACGAGCCCCCGCCUUCACCCCCAUUUUUCUCUACUGACUCUUUCUCACCGCUUGACUCCCCCCCUUCCAUCACACUCGGACCUCCUCCUCCGGAUGAACCGGCGCCUCCCUUGCCUCCUUACUUCUCUCCCACUAGUUCACCAGCAGUCUGCCUUGAUGAGGAGGCAAUAGAUGAGGAGGUGCUCCAGUUUUCACAUUACUCACCCUCCCCACUAUCAAUCAGCCCUGCGCCUCCUCUGCCAGCGGAGAGAAGAUCUCCUCGAGCAGGAGUUAUAUCGCCCUUGGUUUUAGGGGUGGUGGGGGGUAAAAUGACUCCAGACGGAGCACACCUAAGAGACGAUAUGCCAGAAUUCACAGCUUCACCAAGAGAACUAACACCGAGCUUCCGUGGAACACCACCUCCUCUUCCUCCAACCACAUAUCGAUCUAUUAUGUCUUCCCCUGGGCCUUACUCAGGUAGCCACCCAUCUUCGCCAGCUCGUUCCGCCACACCGCAAUCUCGAGGCAGUCCGGUUCCUCCUCCUCCUCCACCGCGACCUUCUUCGCGGCCAAAGUUGCCCCCGGGAAAACCAAUCACAGACCUGACUCGUCCCUUCAGUCCUCCAGUGUCUGGAAGCCCCCCACCUUUUGCCCCACUAGCUCGGGCAGAGAGCUCUUCGUCAAUCUCCUCUGUAACGUCACAGAGCGCAGCAUCCACGCCGACUUUAGGCCGGGAUCUCAACAUAUCCAACACAGGAUGUUCAAGAGGGCCCAGCCCACUUACCAUGGGACCCCAAGACACUCUUCCAGUGGCAGCUGCCUUCACAGAAACUAUCAAUGCCUAUUUCAAGGGAGCUGACCCCAGCAAGUGUGUUGUGAAGAUCACUGGGGAAUUGGUGCUCUCCUUCCCCGCAGGCAUCACCAGGCAUUUUGCCAGUCACCCGACUCAACCCAUUCUCAUCUUUAGCAUCAGCAACUACACCCGACUGGAGCAGGUCCUCCCCAAUCCGCAGUUGCUGUGCUGUGAUUCCCCAACAGACAGUGUAGACACAAAGGAGUUCUGGGUGAAUAUGCAAAACUUGAUGAGUCAUCUUAAGAAAGUGGCUGAACAGAAGCCUCAGGCGACAUACUACAAUGUGGAUAUGAUCAAAUAUCAGGUGGCAGCAGACGGUAUCCAGUCGACUCCUCUCAAUCUAGCUCUGAGCUGGCGCGGUGAUGCCGAUAACACAGACCUCAGAAUAGACUACAAAUACAACACGGAGGCAAUGACAAGUCCAGCACCGCUCCACAAUGUCCACUUUCUGGUUCCAGUGGAUGGCAGCAUCACCAAACUCCAGACUAUGGUGCCACCUGCCACCUGGAAUCCUGAGCAGCAGACGAUACAGUGGAAGAUUCCCAGCCUUUCAAAUAGAUCAGAAAAUGGAGGAGUUGGGGCGCUCCUGGGCCGCUUCCAGACGACAGAGGGUCCAUGUAAACCCUCCCAAUUAGCAGUCCACUUCACCAGUGAGGGCAGCACAAUGUCCGGUUGCGAUAUCCAGCUGCUUGGGAACGGCUACAGGCUAUCCCUGAUAAAAAAGAGAUUUGCUGCAGGGAAAUAUUUGGCAGAUAAUUAACGGACCUGUAUGAGAGCAAAAACAGUGGAAAUCACAGUUUUUGACCUGAAGACAAUGAAUCGGUCUUUAGUUUCAUAUAUUUUCAACUUGAGACCAUCCAUCCAAGACGGCUGAUGAGUGUAUGCAAAACAUUUUGUUGUUUACUUGAAAUGCUUUUGAGCCCUCCAUGAGUGACAUCUUAACGGAUUCCUGGAAACAUAAUUGUGGAACCAUACAGUGAUGCCGCCAAACUACUCCCAACUUUUUGUCUUACUUGUUGUCUUUGUAAAUUUACUGUAAAAGAUAAUAGAUUCUAUAUUAUGAUUAAAAUCUUAAAGUGGAAAAGGUACUAAAA